GUUGUGAUAUGGCGAAGCGUCUCUUACAGUUGGUUACACGGUAGUACUCGCUACCUUUUUUCAUUUCCCUCUUAAUCAAAAUCCAUGGCAAAUCCAUGGAUUCGAACAACCUGAAGUACACCCUUCUCCUGUUCUGUGUUGUAGUCGGACAGUUCAGGGAAUCGCUGGCUGUUGGUAAGCUUGAACUUUUGAUCAGGUGCUCUGAUCGGUGUGAUCGAUCACUCAUUCGAGAACGCUCUUCAAAGCGUGAGAAAUCGACUCAUAUUAAUUCUCUGGGUUUUUUAGGCUGUUUUUCUGGGGCAGACUGUGAUGUUGGCGAAUACUGCAACCAUGGUAAGUUAGGAAGGGAUCUUUAAUACUGUAUUUUGGGGGUAAUUUUACUUAGAUUUUGAAUUUGUUGAUCUGUCGGUCUUUGAUCCAUCUGUUUGGUUCUGUUUUGGUCACCGGUUGAGUUUCCUAAAAGUUAAAACCUCUUUUGAAUUACUGUUGUGGAUGUUUAAUGUCUCACCAUAAAUCUAGAUUGUCAAGAAAACGAAUUCGGCGUAAUUGUACAUGUUUUUCUAAGGUACAUCCACGAGCACCCGUGAAAGAUAAAAAGGUUUGAUUUUUACAUAAAUUUACUCAAGUCGUCUUCACUUUGAAUGCGCUUCCCGCCUACUAAACGGAAUAUUUUUUCGUUGUCUUUUUGUUUUGGAAAACAACAUGAAAUCUUCGCCUGAAAUGUUUUUUAUGCCAAUUUUAAUGUCAAAAAAUUAUUGACAAGUGGUUUUGUACGCGAAUUAUUUUAGUUGUUAAGAACACGAAGAUACGGUAAAGCGCUCUCGAAUAAGGAAAUGUGGCAUAUUUUUACAUAAUUACUUUAGCUUUGACCGGAUUUCGUUCAGAAUGUUGAAAAAUAACCUGAAUAUUUUCCCACUUUUUUCUUUAUUUGACAAUGUUUUAUUUUCCCUUUUGUUGAAAGAAUGUACACUUAAAAAGAAAAUAAGACCGGUUUAACACAGGAUCAAAUGCUACGAUAAGAUUCGAAUAAAUGGUUCUUCUCUUUGAAGGAACGAUUUGCAUGUAGGCUGAUUAAUCGAAUAGAUCUUUGUAUUUAAUUAGUUAAGUUGGCAAUAUCAGUCCCUUCUUCCUCGUUUUCGAUGAAAUAUCCAUGAACCUUUCGAGAACUUAUCGAUCAUUUCGUACUUCUGUCGUCCCUGACACAAUAAAGCUCCUCUUGAUUAGUUGCGUAUUUUUUACGUCACAGAUGUGGUCACCCUUAUUUAUCUCGACCACUAUGCUUAGACUAGCUAUAUUCCUCUUGUUAGUGAGUCAGGAAGAGAUAUUGAGGAGGCAUCUAGACACAUCAUGAAGUCGUACUUUAUAUUAAGGGCAUUUCAUCCAUGCUUCGAAUAUCACAGAAAGAUAAUCAAUUCGAAAUGUUUGUGCCUUCGCAUAUUUUGAAGGUGCUUUUGUUAUCCUGAAAUUAGCGGUUCACAAUCUGUUUUCACAGUUUCAUCAUUUGGGUAUAAGUCUUUGAAAUGGAAAGUAAUGCUCCUAAUAACACGUCUCUGUUUCUGAAUUUCGGCGUAAUACAAGUUUUCCACUUCAUUAAUUUUUUUCACUUCGCUGAUGUUUUCACUUUCUAUGCGUCAUUGAUCAUCAGUGGCUUACAAAUCCACAGUUACUAUCACGAGUAUAGUGUUAACUCUCACUCGGAACAGGAAGGAAAGCAAGUAACUGAUGUGAGCUGCCUCUCUCAGUUAUCGGGAGUGAUGAUUUUGUUUUUGAAGAUUGAAAAACAAACGCGCGUUACACUACAAAAACUUCUGUUGGAACCAGUGUUUUUAGCUGGUUAUUAUUGAAGUCUAGGGAGUUACAGUCUGCUUUUUGUGGUUUUUCCUUUUCAAGAAAAGGAAUCGACCGGGGCCUUUUUCGGGAGUGGGCAAAACAAUCUAUCAUGGGAGGAAUUGAAAUUUGGGAGGGAGGGCUGCUUAUAUUUUUUUCUCAAAAAUGAGAGAUUUGGUAUGUUUUGUAAGGUCCUAAAUCCUCCCUUAAGGAUUAAAAUGAGCAUGAACAUUUUUUUUUGCCCACAAGAAUGCUACAGAUAUUUUAGGGAUUAGUUAGGACGCUUCUAGCAAACAAUAUUUUUUUUGCAUGACUAGUAGAGUGGAAAUUUGUUAUGAAGAAAGUUGUGAAACAUUUUUAUAGCUUACCUACCUUGAAAUUAUAAAAUCUUAUCUUUUCAUUGGUUUGCUUUUAUGCUUGGAGAUAGCAUGGAAUAUUCAGAGUAGUUUAGUUUAUUUUGAAGCCAUAAACAUUUUGCCAAUGGGAUUGUUUAUGUGUUCAUUGGUGUGGAAAACUUUAUGCCAGUGUAAACCCUAUUUUUAAUACCUCUCCUUCUGCAUACAAAUAAGCAAAGCUGCUAGCAACAUUUUCAAGGCAUGUUUGGCAAUUUUUCUUGUUCAUUAGCAGCAAUAUUUACUAUCUUCUGCACUCCAACCUUUAUUGUGUAAUUUUUUAUAUAUUCUGUUUUAGCCCUCAUACUGUCAGCUAUGGCAGCAGUGUUUGAUAUGCCAUCUGUCUGGUUUAAUUUUCAUUUGACUUCUUUUCCCUCCACAGCCUUUCGAUGUCAAAGGGAAAUAAUUUUUGACCCAGGUAAUGUUUUGUUUUAUUUUAUUUAUUGAGUAGAAAAAGGCAGUUGUGAUGAGCAGUACACAAACAUUUUAACUAUGAAAAAAUCAGCGUGCCCUUUAGCAAACUAUUACUUAGGUUCACUGGCCCAGAGCUCUGAGGAGCUAACUCAAUAUAAAGUUUGUCAUGAAUUGUAAUUAAGUGUCUGGGUAUAAUGUUAAGUUGUUGGUAAAUUCGUAAUAAAAUGGGUAGUACUAAAUAUUAAGAAGAAUUUGAAUGCGCAACUUGCGAUUUAAAAAAAAAACAUGAUAGCCCAAUGAGAAGUUUAUCUAGCCCUGGGCUAUACAACAGUUUACAAAUUUUGCUGUGGGGGUUUGGAUGAAGUCUUUUCCCUUUGAUUUAUGGCUUAAAACCAUAAAAAAUUGAAAAUGGCUUAAAACCAUAAAAAAUUGAUCAAGCAGGAAAUUGAAGGGGAAAAAUCAAGGAUUCUUAACUCACAAUACAAAUCAAGAAAUUGAGUGUAGCAAGAUAUUUAUUAUGCAGCUGAUUUGAGAAAAAUUGUCUCGGGACAAGUGUUAAAGUGCACAUGAAAACCUUGAAAGGUAAUGUGGGUAGUUUUCAGGUCAUGUUUCCUAGACCUCAGGAUUUUUUUUGAAAAUCUGAUUUGAUAUUGCUGUAAGAAUGAGGCAUAGUAGGUUUGUUGAAUUAAUUAAAUUGAUACACUCAUUAAAAUUCAUUUAUUACCAGAUACCCAGAUUACCAUUUGAGAUUGUCACAUGCACUUUUGUCCUUUGUUAUGACAUCCUUUCUAGCAAAAGCUGUGUAUCUACUGUGUGUCUGAUGGGUGUGGUCAACAAUUUCUAGUCAUAUGGUUGCUAAGGGUGCAAAUGACAUACACCUUAGUUUUAAAUUUAUCAGUUGAGAGGAGAUGUUUGGAUAAGAAGCAAUCAAAAUGUUUUACAUUUUUCUUAAGUGUACUCGGCUGACAUUUGCGAUGAAGUGUUAAUUAAGCUGUUUUCUCAUUCAUAUUUACAAUAACAUAAAAUCCAUGACUAAAUUCACAUGUCAGAAAGAAUGUUAUUUAUACUUGAACAGCUAAAACCAUGAAAUAGAUGUUAUUUCGUAUUGUUGCCAAGGUGGGGCCAAAGAGAAAAUUUACAGUUCCCAUGAGGAAAUGAGGAAAUGAGGAACUCAGACUUUUUCCCUAAUUACAUGUUUGUCACAAGACAAAAUAACUUAUUUCUAUCUUAUCAAACCUGAGUCUCAAAUUCAGAGUUUCUGUUAAAAUCUAAUUACUUUUACUAGAUUUCCAAAUAAAUGUGAUUGGCUAUUUGACAGAAAUGUUGACCAAAAUAAUUAUCUAAAUUUUGGCUUGUUUCAAUGUGAAAACCCAUAGCAUUGAAUUAAAAACUUUGCAUGUCUUUUACCAACUGUAAAAUGCUACUCCAUGUAAUCUUUUCAAACUGAAAAAGUAAAAGCCCAAAAAUCCAAACUGCCAUCACUCACUAAUAAACUUUUAUGGUUGAAUUGGGUUGGGGGUGGGGGGGGGGAGGAGGUGGUAACAAAUUUAGUUAAUUAUUAAUUUUUCUUUUUACUUCCUGUAAAAAAAACUUAUCAAGAACCCUGUGAUUUAAAAAAUUUCAAUCACACAUCUCUGUUGAAUAACUAAGACAGAAUUUCUCCUCACGAUAUCAAUGCAGUAUCAAGCAAACAAGUUAUGCAAAUUCAAAAAUAUAUCAAUUACGGGAUUAUUAAUUGAUCUGAUACCAAAUUCUCCAAACUGACAUCUUAGGAUAAAGGGGUAAGUUUCUAAAGAAACUGUGGUGCUGUGUCAGUUGACGAGUAUAACAGGGUAAUUUAGUACUAUCAAUUGAGUUGAUAACGUAAAUUGGCCACCGUAAAGAGUUUCAAAACUUACAUUUCAAGUAUUAGCCCUUAAUCAGAGGGAUUAACAAACAACUUAACCCUUUACGGUGGCCAAUUUACGUCAUCAACGCAGUUGAUAAUAAUAAAUUACCCUGCUAACAUCUUAGGAAUUGUAUGAUAAAUAGUAAGGAGAAAUACUAAAUAAAUAAGAUUUAGGAGUGAAAAGGGUUCAGAGGGAAGAGCAUCCCUAAAACCAUAACUAGAGAAUGGAUAUAAACCUGCACUUGAACAGCGCAGUUUGUCUACAGUUGUAAUAACCAGCUAAUUUUCAGGAAUUAUGUGAAUGCUUCUUCAUCUAAAGAUGUGACCUUAGUCCAUCUUGGUCAAUGAAUUGACUAAGUUUUUAGCUCUUUACCCUUUAGGGCCAUGGUAUCAAUUCUCCACACAUUCUACCAUAUGUGACCCUCCAUGGGAAAACGGACACUGAAAAGCGAAACCAUUUACUAUCCGUUUAAAUCUGUUUAAAUGGUUUGUUCAUCUGUUUAAAAAAAUUUGCAUCCGUUUAACGCUUUUGGUAAAACAUUUAAGUGGUUUGCUCAUCUGUUAAAAAAAAUUUGCAUCCGUUUAACGCUUUUAGUAAAACGUUUAAGUGGUUUGCUCAUCCAUUUAAAAAAUUUUGCAUCCGUUUAAUUUAAUCAGUUGUAAAAAAAUUCUUUUCAUUUAACGUUCCAAGGAAAACUUUUGACUAUUUGUUUAUCAUUCUGUUACGGGCAGUUUGAAGUAUCAAUCUUACGUUCGCUCAAUACUUGCCAGUCCUUGAAAUGCAGAAUGACCGUAUCUUAUUUUAGUUUUAUCUUUUCUGUGAUCAUAGAAAGCGAGUAAUUGUCGCAUCCUUAGACAAACGAGUUAAGUUAAAGUAUCCAUUUGUUCAAACAUAGAGCAUUGACAGCCAAUGAAGCCGUUCAUUUGACCACAAUCCUGCCAUCGGUCUUGUUUAAACAGUGCGCCUGAUCUUGUUUACAGAUUUGGUGAAAUCGAGAUAACCCUGUCUUGGUUCCCUUGUCAUGGUUUUGCUAAAUCUGCCACUCUCUAUCUGUUUAUAUCAUCUUGAUUCAUCUUCAAUGGCCCCACUUGGUGCAUGACACCAAUUCAACCUUUAAUUAGCAAUGGACUACAUUGUAUUAUUUGACCCUGUCAGCUUCUGACAAGGUCGCAGCAUUGCAUCUGCAGAUUUAUUUCCUGAAACUUCAAAACAAAAAAUCAUGAAGUUCAUUUUCAAUAACAAUUAGAAUAAACAAAGGAGGAUGUUGUGAGUUUCUUGCAAUAGCCAUUCAGGGUAUUUGGCAGUGAAACUAUUCUUGGUAAAUUGCGCUUAUUUCAUGAAUGUCACAUGAAAACGGCAAUAGUUUACUCAGAAAUAAAAUGUGCAAGUGUAUCCUAGCUAUUAUUUUUCAAAUUAUUAUACUCAAUGUUUUCUCUUCAAGAUAAUUAUCCAUUGUUGCUCGGAAAGUUUUUCCACAAAAGAUCUUAACAGCUCAACCAUAACUGUUUACAUUAAUUUUUAGCUCUCCGUUUGUCGAUUUUGGUCAAUCAUAUGUUUUUCAGUUUAAGCUACCCGUUUUUGGACUUUGAUGAAUUGUUUAACAUUUCGAGCUAUCUGUUUUUAAUUUUUGUCAACUGUUUGAAGGCCUAAGCUAUCUGUUUUUGGACUUUGGUCUACCAUUUAAAUUUUUGCCAUCUGUUUAAGUGGUUAUGGAAACCGUUUAAACACUUGAGUUAGCCCUUUAGUAUCCGUUUAAAACCUUUUUUCUACCAUUUAACAUAAAAGCAUUAGUGUCUGUUUUCUCAUGGAGGGUCACGUGAUUCUUGUAAUUGUGGCUCUAAGAAUCACAAAUGCCCUGUAAUUGUUAUUUUCUGAUAUUGCAUGGACAAAUUGUGGAUCAAUGUCAGCAGCUGAGCAACUGCAUACCUACCCCUCCCCUAACCCAACAUUAACCCUAAAUUGUUAUCAGUUGACUGUUUUUGGUUUAGGGGAGGGGAAGGUGUGCAGUUGCUUAGUUACUGACAUUGAUUUCAAAUUAUUUAUCCAUCUCUCUUGUUCUUACUUAAUCAGGAAAACAUUUCAUACAAAAAUUUUGUACUAUUUUUCAGAUUACCCAUCCUACCACAGACAACAGUCACAAGAAAGAGUCCAUAAUUUUAAUGAUUAUCCACAAAGCUUCAAUGACAGAAGAGAGGUUGCAGCAGGUCAGGAGGAUGACUCGGAAUGGAUGGAUGAAUAUGAGUACAAACUUGAAAAAGGGGAGAGAAAUUUGAGACUUAAUGUACCUUUAGCAAACAAUGAUAAUCACCACAAUAGAAGAAUUUUUCAUGAAGACCAUGGGCCUUUACCACCAGAGGUCCCUGUGAAUUGGGACAAGAUCAACAGCAAAAACGGGGGAAACUUUAGAUCAGAUAAGAGACAUCAAAAGACUGCUGAUUAUGACAGUUAUGAUAAUUUCAAAGCAAGGAGACUUAUACGACAUAGACAAGAUUCCAGUAGUGACACUGUAGGAAGUAGACAUGAUAUUAAAGAUUCCUCCCAAGGAAAUGCCAAACCUAAUGUAGGAAGGUCAUCCAAGAAAAGCUCUGUUUUCAACUCAGAGGGAAACAGUGGAGUGAGGUCUGAGGAGAAAUCAGAGGAUGCAAAUUCUUAUAUUGGUGAAAAGAAGGUAUCACAUGUACCCCUUGCAACUGGGAUGGAUUCAAUAGUGGCAGACAAUUCCCAUCUCCAAGGGAACCAGUUACAGACAGAAAAAGCGGCUUUCACAGAAGAGGCAGCAGCAGCAGCAGACACCAAGGUUGGUGCAGGAAAGGUCAUGGUGAAGGGAAAAGUCCAACAAGUCAAAGCUGACAUUGAUCAGGGGCCAAAUCCAGAGAAGACUUACAAGCGAGUGGAAGAUUUCUUUCAAUCUCAGAGAGAAAGCUCUAUUGUUGAAGUUCCAAAUUCUGUCAAAAAAGAAGAGGCUUCAAAGUUGUUCAAGGACAACUUUAUACCUGUAAAAGAAGAUGGUAGUGACCAGAUAAACAAGGAGCAAGGUAAUAUAUCCUUAUUCCUUUUACAUACAUGAACAACAUCCCGCACAGGCCUGAAUUUUUUUCAGGCCUCAUUUUCACUACUGCUCAAAUAGCGUUCAUUACUGCGAAGAUUGUAUUCAUAUUCACGUCUUUAUCCACAUUUCAAAAAUGUUAUUUUCAUAUAUUCACUGUCAUGAACAACAUUGAUUAAAAAUUUAUCAUAAAGAAAAAAUGAUUUGGAGAGCAAGAUUAAGUCCAAUCACAUGAUAAUAUCAUUUGUUGAUAGUUGUCUCAUGUUACAUACUCUUAUCAUUGUUAUAAAAAAUUUCAAUUUAAAUUAUACUGAAAAUUUUAUGUUGGGACAAUUUGCCACAGUGGAAAAUGGCACAAGUGAACUUAGAAUUGCAAAUUAAUCUUUUAGAAAAUAAUCUUCAAUUUAGUCCUGUAGAAAUAUGGAAUCGCUACUGAUACAAAGAAGCUAUUAAAACUAUAAUUAUAUUCAUAUUGAGGUUAUUAGUACUGCAUGCGAGUUAGUUCAAGGCAGUUUGAAUUUGUUCAUUGCCUUUCAGAUGAUUCCCCUUUGCACAAGGAUGGAGAAAUAAAGCUGUCUCUGAACAGAAAGUAAGUUUAAAACUUCAGCACACUUUAUUCAUUUUAUAUAUGAAAUGUCAGAAUAUUGUAGAAAUGUAAUAGUUUUGGUUUAUGAUUUAUUGCCACACCCCCACCCCCCCUUCUUUUUUUUUAGAUUGAGAUUAUUAACUUUGACAAAACCCAGUUCAGUUUAUUGAUUAUUAGCUGUUGAUAUGGUAUGGGACAAAUUUCUCCUUCUUUUAUGACAUUUAAAGUUUGUCGUCUUUACCUUGGUGUACUGGGACAACCAGAAUCAAAAUGUAAAUUGUUUGAAAAAUUUUUACUAAUAAAAAAAAUAGAACCAGUACAGAAAUAUCUUGAUAUAUACUGACAUAAUCUUUACCUCUCCAAAAUGCUUCAAGUCUUGUGGGAAAUUAGCUGGACGGGAAUUCCAUUUUUAUUUGUAACUUCACAAUUAUGCAGGAAAACUAGAAAUGUGCUUAUCUUUGAGUAGAACUUACAGUGGGUUUCCUGACCUUUCUUUUACCUGAUAUGAAUUAAAGAGCCCCAAAAAAAAAUAUUUGCAGCAUGAAUAAUUGAUGUACUAUAGGAAAAAGUGGCAUUAAACAUUUAGUAAUAAAAAAGAUAAUAAGUAAUAAUACUAACUGAUUAAAAAACAGAAAUUACUAACAAACUACAGUAACACACUGGUAAUUUAUAAUGGAAGUUUCGUGGAAAUGAAAAUUAUGAAUAUCUCUGGUGACUUAAAGUCAUUAAUUUUUUUUAAUGCACUGUGUACACAGCAUAACCACAUCCCAAGCCAAAUUACUUGCCGCAGCACUUCAGAAUGCGCUUUGGAACAAUGCACCAUCCCCCAUGUUUACUGUGAUGAAGUAAGCUAACAGACAUGUAAUCACCCAUUCCAAUAGAUCAGAUUGCAGGUUACAUACUGUUAACAGUGGAAAAACUGUGCUAUAUUUACAUAAUACAGUAUGUGGCAUACCCAGUGUUAAGUUAAGGUAAUUUCUUGCCAAGAGUGUAUCUGACUAACAAACUUUUACAUAGCAGUUUUAAAAAUUUAAAAAUUUUGGUUACUGAAAUUGGUUUUGCAACUCAUUGAAGAGAGCAAUUUUUUAUUUCUGAAAUUUUUAAUGUGUAUGUACUUUGUUGACCCAAAAAUGUUUUCAUUAACAGAUAAACACUUAAAAGUUAAAUCUGCUAAUUUUAAUCUAAGUAAUACAAGUUCUCUCUAACCAUUCAAUCCAAACAAAUUUGUCUUGUUUUUUCUCAGGCAAGUUGAAUUAUUUUAAUUUAUUUUGUUUGCUCUGAUGCCAACUCUUAAAUCUUCCUUUAAUUUGUAUUAUGUUUUUUUAACUUGCUAUUAGUAAAGAUUUUUGAGGAUGAAAAUAUCUCCAAGUGACUCCUUAUCAAUUCUCACCAAUAUUUUAUUAACCCUUUAACUCCCAUGAGUGACCAAGACAGAAUUUCUCCUCACAAUAUCAUACAAUAUCAAGCAGACAAGUGAUGAGAAUAAAGAAAAAUAUCAAUUAGGGAAUUAUUAGUUGAUCCAAUACCAAAUUCUCAAAACUAACACCACAAGAACUAUAUGGCAGACAGUAAGGAGAAUUACUAUUGAGAUCUUGGGAGUUGAAGGGUUAACCUCACUGUUGAAAUAUUCAGGUUAAGUCAAAUUCGUAACAUUGACUUGAGCAGAAAUUAGCUUAAUUAGAUAUAGCAGCAUAAUAUCUGAUAAACAGCUGGUUAUUAUUUUUUUUGUAAAGUAGAGGAAACAUUUCUCCACAUUAAACCUGCAUCUUGUUUGUCAUCCACAGAGUUGAAGAUUCCAAUGUCCAUGUAAGGAUGGCACAGACAAAGUACACACUUGAAAAACCCAAGGAUGUUGCAGAAAGGAUUAAAAAAGGUAAAAAUGUACAGGACUAUAAAUGUCAGGUCUUGUAAUCCAGUAUUUAUAAGGUUGUGCAAAUUAAUAACAUUAUUUUCAGAUUUGGAAAUUUAUAGAAAUGGGGAGUGGGUCCUGGGAAAGUCACUCAUUUAUUCCUCAGAAUAAAAAGUGAGAAAUACUUUGAUGAAGUUAUUGUAUUGUGAAACCCUCUUCUGGAUUUUUGGUUGUGUAGAACCCAAAAGUUAAUGUGAAGUCAAAGAAUUUUAAAGGUUUGGCAGAAUACAAAGUUGGUGAUUUUUUUUCACUGAAAUAGAGCUUACGGGACUCCUAGGUUAUGAUUAGUAAAUCUUACCAUUAGUUGCUCAGAUGAAGGGCUAACGCCAAAAAAGUCAGCCUUUAAACUCUUUACAGUGGCCAAGUUAAAUUUUCAACUCAGUCGAUAAAACCAAAUUACCCUGCUAUACUCUCUCACAGACACAUCACCACAGUUUCUUUAGAAACUUACCCCUUUUAUUCUUAAACCUUGCCAUCAGUUACACUGAUUUGAUUUGAGGUGUUAGUCUAAUGCUUUUCACUUUAGAGCUCAAGCUUUUAAACCUUUAGCUCCCAUAAGUGAUCAAGGAAGAAUUUCUCUUUGCAGCAGCAAUACAAUAUCAAGCAGGCAGGCGAUGAGAAUUGAGAAAAGUAUCAAUUUUAGGAUUAUUUGUUGGUCCAAUGCUAAAUUCUCCAAAGGAACAUGAUGAGGAUUUUAUAGUCGACAAUAAGGAGAAUUACUAAAGAGAUCUUGAGGGUUAACAAAUUUCAGAAGAAAAAUGAGAAGGAUUACCUGACCCAUGAAAAAUUAAACUAGUUUUCAUGUGUUAACACUUUUUUGUCGUUUUAUUUUGUUUAGAGCCCAGUGUUAAGAGUGAUGUUGCCCAGAACAGUGGGUUAGAGAUUGUUUCAGCUGAUUUUGAAGAUGCCUCGGUAAGUAGGUUUUUUUUUCCAUUGAAUUCUCUAAUCAGAACGUCGUUGAUAUUACUCAUGUUUCUUGCUGUUAAAUUUGAUAGUAUUUUCAUUACUUUACAUAAUUUUUUUAAACCUGGUAAGCCUUUAAUUAUUUAUUAACAUGUAACCUCUCCACACAAUUUUAAUACAUUAUUCAGAAAUCAGGUAAAGAGAAUAUAAGGGCCUAUCAGCAAUGCUAAAUUCACUUUACUGCAUUAGAAGGACAUAACAUACAGGAGCUACUUGUAGAAGGAAGAAUCGUUAAUCCUAUUUUGAUUUAUAAGAAUUGGUUUUAAAGUAAAACUGUAAAAUUUUAAUAACAAAGACAACAAAGAUAAACAAUUUCUGAGAAUUGCUAUCUGGAUAUAUAUUUGAUCUUCUUCAAUUUUGUCUUUAAGGCCCUUGUUUUAGUUCCUCUCUAGUAUAGAAAUGCAAUUGUGAUUUUUUGUUUAUUUUCAAGCAAUUUGACAUUACUUAAGUUUCCUGACAGACUAGGAAUUAGCCUGCUAUUACAUAACCUCUCCUAAUUCAUCAAAACAGAUUCAGCAAAUUUUGAGUUGUUUGGAGUUACUUGAUAUAUGUGUACCAGCCAAGUUUUGCGGAGUAUACUGCAUUUUUUUUAUAAUUGCUUGGAUGGGUUGUGUGUGAACAGUGAGUGAAGCAAGUAAAUGCUGUACUGAUCAACUGUUUUUGGCUAAAAUAAGAUUAGCAUGUAAAUUAAAGAUUCAGCAAAGGAGUCUUUGAAUCUUUCAUUAUUACAACACAAGGUAAUUACACUUUGAAAAAAGUGUCAUGUUAUACAUAGAAUAUUUUUUGGCCUAUUUUAGAAGUCUCUUUAUUUUUUGAGAUAACAAUUUUGAAGUGAAAUAAGUCUUCAGUAAGCCAGCAAAUAUUUUCAAAAUUUUAUCACAGUUACUAUCACAGCUUCAAAAUUCUAGUGUGGAAGAUUUAAAGAUUAAAUCCUUUUUUGCUUAAUCCAAACCUUAAAUUUAUGUCAAGAUAGUUCAGCAUGAAUUAGAUAAAAAUUAAAUAUGCAGUAGACAUGGUCUUAUAUGGAAAAAGAAACAUUAAAUUAUUCAAGUGUGUUAUUCAUUCAUUUCUCAUGAAUUAGUCAUAAAUUCAGCAGAAGGCUUCUUUGUUACUGAAAACUGUGAAUAAUACAUGGUCAAAGAAGUUUCAUUGAGUGAAAGCUUCUUUGAGCUGCAGAUAAAUUGAUACACCUGUGGUAUGAAACAGAAGUAAGUAUUUUGUGGGAAAUUUGCCCUUAGUUUUGAUUCAAGUUCUCUUUUGAAAAAAGUGGAGUGUAAUAUUUUGAUAGCUUCAGUAUUGUGUCAGUAAUGUUUCACAAAAUUUCAGAAUCUUUGUUCAGCCAUGCUUGAUGAAACUGAUAAUUUUCUCAAGUUGUACACAAUGGUUGUUGUCAAGCUUCAUUUCAAGCAUCUUUCUAUCUUUGAAAUGAUAGUUUUCACUCAUUGAUCUUGUAUGUUUGAUUAAGAAUGAUACUUCUCUGGUUCAAUUUCGCUCACUAAAUUGUUUGGCAUGUCUAGAGGACAAUUUUGACAGACUUGUAAAUCAGACUAUUGGGUUUAUUUAAAUUUAUAUUUAGAGGUGUUAUGCUAAUUUUGUUUCAAGUGAGAUUUCUUCCUAAUAGAGGUUGUUUGAUAGGAUUUUUCUUUCCUGAAGUUAAUGUUAAUAGUUUUCUUCUUAAAAGUAAAAGGUUUAUCAAUUUUGAAAGUAUCUUUUUUUACAAGUAAACCAGGCAAAUAGUUGUGGGAGCAGAUCACUGCAGAUGAAACUCUUAACUUGUUCCAGACUGUGUUUAGCAUUAAAUUACUUUAAUGAAGGAGAAACAUGCUUCUUAGUCUCCAUUCUAAAUUUAAGGAAGAACUUGUGAGAUUUAUUAUUUGCGACUAAAACCUUGAAUUUAAGUAACUUUUUUACUUUGUGAAUUCAUUUUAUUUGAAAAAGGAUUGGUAAAAAUUUAGAAUCUGUUACUUCUAGCAUUUACAAUCAAAACAAGAUAACAAUACAAAGCCACAUUCCAGCAAAUUAAUUUCUGAACUUGAAGAAUACAGUACCUAUGCUGUUUAUAUUACAAAUCUGAAGUAUUGAUAAUUGGGUGAAUUAAUCUUCUAGAGAAACAACAUUUACAUUGCUUAAAGCACAAAAUUAGAACUCUCAAAAACUUUAACUGUAGCCUUUAUUGUUCAUAUGUGAUCCUUUUAUUGAAAAUUGACUUGCUCAGAAACGCAUUUUUUUAUCGUAUAAACUUUGAUUCAACUGCCAGAGGCUUGAACAAUUCACUAACAAAUGUAACUUUCUCCCUCAUCAAAGAACAAGGAUGUGAAGGGACAACCUCAGAGGUCUGUGGAAACUCAGCAGCCAAAGUAUUUCCUUAUAACGAUCAUUGUUGUGGGCUGUGUGUCUGGAGUGAUUCUGACAGCAGUUGCAAUUUAUCUCAUAAUGAGAAGGUAAUUGUCUCUCUUUAACCCUUUUCACCCUGAUGCCAGUAUGCAUUUUCUCCACACUGUUUUUUUACAUUUCCUAUUGAACUGAUAAGGAGAAUUUGUUUAACAAUCAAGAGGUUCUUUAGAUGGCAAUCAUUUCCUUUAUUCUUUGACCUUAAUGUGUGAUUUAGUUGUGAUCAUGUCACUCUAAGGGAUUAAAUGGUUAACCCUUUAACUCCCAGAUCAAAUUUGUACUUCUCCUUACUAUCAACCAUACAAUUCUCAUGAUGUUAGUUCAGAGAAUUUAGUAUUGGAUCAACCAAUCAUCCCCAAAUUGAUAGUUAUUUUUAUUCUCAUCACUUAUCUGGUUAACACUGUAUUGAUAUUGUAAGGAGAAAUAUAUUCUUUCUUUGUCACUCAUGGGAGUUAAAGGGUUAAUAUAUACUCUUACAUAAAAUACUGUAUUUAAUUCAAUUAUCCAACUUGAAAGAAGCUUAUUCAAAGCUGUGUUCUCAGAAUUUUCAUCAGUGACCUUUAGGCAUUGGCCUUUGAUAUUUGUGGUGAGCGCUCCUUAACUAGAACAUAACUUCCCCUUACAACAUCAAUACAAUAUUAAGCUGGGAAGACUAUGGAAUAAAGGAAGGUAUCAAUAAGGGAAUUAUUAGUUGAUCCAAUACCAAAUUCUCUGAACUAACAUAAUAAAAAUUGUAAAGUAGACAAGGAAAAGGAGAAGCACCAAUGAGAUAAGGAGAAUUGAUAUGAGAUCCUGGGAAUGAAAGGGUUAACCCUUUAACUCCCAGAAGUGAUUAACAUAAAACUUCUCCCUUCAGAAUCCAUACAUUCUUCAGUAAACGGGUAAUGAGAAUAUUCAAACUUAUCAAGUAGAAGCUGCUAUCUUGAUCUAGCACCAAGUUCUCAUAACUUAUGUACAAGGAAAUAUGUAGCAGCUACAGAGGAGAAUUUACAAUCAGAUCCUGGGAGUUAAAGGGUUAAAGCUUUCAUAAAAGCAAGGUUACUUGUAUGUGAGUUGCUAAAAGGCAGAGCACAAUCUUAAGUAUUUUUAAGGGAUUUGUACCUAGCUUUACAUACUGUGGGAUAUUUAUUGAUACUCACUGAUAGUUUUAUUAAUGUUGAUCUCUAUUCAAUGAUUGGCCGUUGUCAGGUCUAAAUUUAACAAGUUGUCUUUUGUGUCUUUUUUUUUUUUUUUUUUUUUUUUUUUUUCAAGGCAUAAUGAAGCAAACUUCAAACCAGUCACUCUUCCUGGCCAAGAAGCAGCUGCUGAUUACCAGGUAAGGCUAUUUACUGAUAAUGACACCAAGUUAUAUCUCAUUGGGAAAGCUUGACUGAAAGUGGUUUUAACACUUGGUUAAACUAACAGGUUGCAAUCUGUAACUGACAAUCAGUGUGUUGCUCGCCGCUGUGAACUUUACUAUUAUUAUUGUUAUUAUUAUAGUAAUCUUAAAAAUUACAAAAUCUUCAAUUGUGAUUGGUGUAAAGAGUUCUCAUUUUCCACUGAUCCAAUGCCAAGUUGUUAUCAAACAGUUUGUUAUUAGACAGUUUGUUAUUGAACAGUUCAUUAAGCCAAACACAUUUAAAGUUGUAGUCUAAAUCAACCAAUCACAUUCGAAUCAACAAUCAAUUACAUUUUGAUUGUGGUCAAUUUCAGGGCAACAUUAAACAAUUUACACCUCCUUUGUCAAUCUUGUAAAUUUUCCCAUCCUUUCAUAACUUGGCUAUUCUUCUUUUUGAGGACAUUUUAAUUUUUUAGGAUUAAUUGGACUUUCCGUUGUCCAAGUCAGUCUGUAACCAUACUCAUGAAAAAAGGAAUCAGACUCCCACUGCGUGGUUGUCCAAUUUUGUUAUCACUUGUAUUACAGACCAAAUUGGACUCCACUCAGUCCUGUUACCAUUACUUAUUAAAAGAUGUUUCCCAGGAAGACAUAGAACAUUAUCUCAUUACCUUGAUACCAACAACAGUUUACAAAGGAGCAGCAUGAUCCACUUUUAAAUGUUUAGUAUUAAGUCAUCCUUUUUGUCAGGAACUGUGUCGUCAACUGCGAGCAACACAAGGGUGGGACAGUACACCAGCAAAGACCACACAUUUACAGCAUGGAGAAAAGGAGAAAGGACUGGGAAGUGGAAGAGCACCUAAAUACUCCUGGUAAGACAAAAAUGAGACACAAGUUUAUGUGUUGAUUACUGUAAGUUGUAAAUAUUACUGAAGAUAGGAUGGAGCUGACUGAUCAGGAAGAGAGGCUGGAGGUUUUUAUAUAAACCUGGAUCAAAGUGUUCCUGUCUCAACAAAGUAGUGAAAAUGGAUGUAUCGAUAAAGUAUCCACUAUUGUGAAAAAAAAAAAAAGUAGAAACAGGUAUCAGUUAUUUAAAAAAUUUGUGAUUUUGCGUGCUUAGGGUUUGUAAUGAACACAGGGAUUAAUCAAAACCCUAUGUUUAGGGGAAAAAGGGCAACCUCCAUUAAGAAAGUGUCACCUCCUUUAAAAAAAAGAUAGUAACACACAUUGUGUACGCAAAGAGUAUUUUAUCAGCUCUGAUGUAGGUGUAACCAUGCAUCACUUGACUUGAGGCAUCCCUGGAAUAGAGGUGCCUCAAAAAAGGACCAAGCUUCUUCUGUAUUUAAGACUUCUUAUUAACUUAGAGCAUACUGUGUAACAGAGUUGUUUAAUUUAUUCUAGGAGUGAAGAGCCUGUUGUACCCAACAUGGACAUUUCUACUGGACAUGUUGUUUUGGUAAGCAUUUUGUUUAUUCAUUUCGUCUAUAUACAAAUUCUCUGGUAGAAAAGAAAUCUGUUAACCAGUUUUGCAAACUUGGAAAAAGAACAAGCCAAAACUGAAAGAGGUGUGGAAAGCUUCUAAACUCCCAAUCCCAUGGUUCUCCUCCUAAUUGCAAGCUUUGUUCUAUGAUGAAGAAGCCAGAGUACACUUCCACACACUCGACUGCUUUUUUCUUCUGUAUUUUUUCAGCAGAAUGACUAUUCUGAAAUUGUUCUUGUUACAUGAAGUCUCAAGUAGCUAAUGAAUUUCUUAUGUUUUAGUCCUACAUGGAAGACCAUCUUAAAAACAAAGACAGGCUGAAUAAAGAAUGGGAGGUAAUGGAAUUGAUGUGUUUUCAUCAUUUCCCUGUUUUUGAGGUACUACAGUACAAUUUUUAAUCGACCAUGAAAAUAAAAUUCAGGACUCCAAUUUAUCACUCUGUUGCAGGCGUUGAAAUCAUAUGAAGCUGAGCCUAACAGCAGGGAAGUUGGAAAGCUGGAGAAGAAUGCAAGAAAGAACCGUUACAGUGAUGUUUUGCCCUGUAAGUAUUACUUAAGCUUGUGUGCCAUUGGCUUAUUUCUAUCAAUGCAAGUAAUGCUUUACUGCAUGGCCAGAACAGUGAGAAGGCAAGAUGGAAUGAAUCCUAUGUAAUGAAAGGGUUCUUGAGAACAUUCAUGAUUUCUUACUUUUCUUUUUUUUUUUUUCUAUUGAUUAAUUUUUUAACAAGGGAUUUGCAUAACAUGACUACUGUAUAUCUUGAAGACAGCCAAAAUAAAGCCACAUCUAGUUUUGUCAUUUUAUUUUUAUUUCUGUGGAUUAUACUUUGACCCCAAAGAGUGACCAGUAUCUUAUUUCUCCUAAUAACAUCACCCCUGAAUUACACAUGAAGGUCGCAAUAGUUAAGGAAAUGAUUACCAACUAAAGAUGCUCUUCAUUGUUAAACAAAUUCUCCUUGUCAGCAGCUAAGGAAAUGUAUAGGGAAUAGUAUUGAGAAAGUUCAUACUGAUGUUAAGGUGGAAAGGGUUAACCCUUUGACUCCAAGGUCAAAUUUGCAAUUCUCCUUAAUAUCAACCAUAGGAUUCUUAUAAUGUUAGUUCAGAGAAUUUAGCACUGGAUCAACUAAUUAUCCCCAAAUUGAUAUUUUUCUUUAUUCUCAUUACUUAUCUGGUUGAUAUUAUAUUGAUAUUGUAUGGAGAAAUUCUGUCUUGGUCACUCAUAGGAGUUAAAGGGUUAAGUCAAUGUGGGCCUUUCCUCUUUGGUCAACAUGGCUACACAGUAAUAUUUUUUGUUACCAUUCAGUGGGUGAUAUCCAUGUGUCCUGAAACUAAACCAUGAUGGAAAAUCUAAAAGAUAUAUUUACUUAUUUAUUAAAGGUAACAGAAGGGCACAGAACCUGAAAAAUAACUAAAAAGGAGUAUUAACACUAAGCAUUAAUCUGUAGAGAGUGUUACAAAAUUUAAAUCAACCUCCCUCCAUCUUGUAGAUGACCAUAACAGAGUUCUACUAAAAGAGACAGCAAGUGCCACAGGGUCAGAUUACAUCAAUGCAAGUUAUAUUGUAAGUUUAUUCAGUUGUUACAUUUUUUGUUCUCAUGCUUUUCUGUGAAUUGCAAUAAAGGAAGGCAUGGUUUUGCAUUGCGUAAGGCAUAUCAUUUUUCUGUUAUUUCACUAUUUCUCAAUAUGUGAUUUAGAGUAUGGAUCCAGGAGUCAUUGUUCAUCUGCUGACAGUGCUGGUCAGGUCAUUCAGUUGUGUUCUUGGGCAAAACACUCUACUUCCACAGCACCUCAUUCCUUGGAAUUGAACCAACCAAUUAUCAAAAAAAUUAAACCAGGGGAAUAAAUGGUUACCAUUGAAAUGUCAAGGAAACCUUUCAAAAGGCUAAGGUUAACCUGCUAUGGGCUCACAUCCCAUCCAGUGGGGAGGGUGAGGGGGAAGGGUAACAUGUAACCAUACUUAUUGUCACCUGAGGCUUAAGAAUUUGUGGAAAAGCGAGUCAGCCAUGUAAGUCCGUCUUGUAAGCUCCACAUUACCUCUUUAUACAACUUCAAGACAAACACUCCAGAAGUCUAAGAAUGCUAGUGCUGGUAGAUCUUCAGGGGAUCUGAUAAAAUUAUGUGUGUAGAGGAUAAGUGUGGUUUUCAGCUAUUGUGGCAACUUGUUUUCCUGACAAUUAAGGGAUGAGAUACGAGGGGAAAAAGGGCAUUUGCACCUUUGUUUAAAUGUAGGUACUCACAAUAAAUUUGAUUGAUUCCACAGACGGACCAUGAUCCCAAGAAUCCUACCUAUAUUGCAACCCAGGGACCUGUGGCUCACACUGUAUCAGACUUCUGGCAGGUAAAUAUGUUGGAUUUACUGUAUUAUUAUCAUUGAGUUUUUGUUGAAAUGUUCAGGAGAGUGGUGGGGAUUGUAUUGUUGUUUAAUAAAACACUCCAUUUUUGGAGUCUUGUUGAUAGCCUACUUCUAGUUUACAAUAUUAUAAGCAAUUUUUUGCACAAGCCUAUAUGUUUAGAGAAAACAUUACAUUAUGUUGUGUGCCUUGCAGAUGGUGUGGGAACAAGGUGUUGUUGUCAUUGUUAACUUGACAAAACUCUCAGAUCUUGGACUGGUGGGUGUCAUUGAAAUAAUCAAAAGAAUAAAUUACAUUAUUUUGGUAUUGAAGAAGUGUGAGCUUUAUAUGCAAUAACAUAAUGUGAACAUAAUCUUUUUGCCAACAAGAAAAUGUCAAGUUUUUCAAAGAUUGUUUGUGGCAAAUAUGUUUUUAGCAUAAGUUUGGUUCUUACUUAAGGCAACCAGCCUGCUGAUCCAAUACCAAAUUCCUAGAACUGGCAUCACAAGAAUUUUAUGGGAGAUAGUAAGGAUAGUUACUAAUGAGAUCUUGAGUGUAAGGGUCAACACAUUUCUUCAGGGGUUUCAAUAACUUUUUCCAUACAUGGCUGCUAAUGCUGUGACGAGCAGCUGUGCUGUAAUUUAAAAUCCAAACUCAAGAGCCCACUGGCAGGCUAAACAGAUGGCAGUGAGAGGUUCCACAGCAAUGGUUGACUGCCAAUGACUGGCUUUUAUUGAAACCCUUUUAUCUUUCUAGAAUGUGUAAAAACUUUCAAAUGGAAUGAGUCAUUGAAAAAGAAACUGAGCAACCAAUAUUUAUUAUUUUCAUUGCAGCCUCAAUGUCACAGAUAUUGGCCUGAAGAGCAGCAACCAAUUGUAACAUAUCGCAUUUAUGAGGUGAGCAAUUAUCAAAGGCUACUUGAUAACAUCGGUUUGGGCCUUGACUUUUGUUAGAGAUACAGUAGUCCUUACAAUGGACUCUUAACAGAGAGGUCUAAGUUCACCCAAGCCCUACCCCCUCCCCUUGACCCUUGACCAGUCAGUAGGCAUAGUAUGUUCCUCUCUACCAAGGAGCAUAAGGGAGACCUGAUGAAAAAAAAAGGGGGGGGGGUGGGUGGUACAUCUCUGAUAUGCCAAUCUCCUGUUUAAGUACAGAACUAAUACUACACUUUUUAUACCAGUAACCUUUUGCAUCUUAACACCAGAAUGUAUAUUUUCCAUACUAUUCUUAAUAAAUUUGCCUCAGCAUUGACAAGGAUAAUUUGUUUGAUGAUUAAGACCCUUAUCAGUUGGUGAUUAUUUUCUUUAUAUUUGAUUCAGUGGUGAUACUGUUAUGAAGGAUAAGAUAGUAGUCGUCCAUUGGAGUCAACAGCUAACUGCUGAUUUUCUAGAGGGUUUGGUUAUUAUGUUGACUGGCCAUAAUUGGAAAUGAAAACUGUUUGAGCCAGUAAGAAAAAGAUUGGGAUUACCAAUAGAGAUGUUGUUUAUCUUUUGAUGAUAGGUUCACCUUGUCUCUGAACAUAUAUGGUGUGAAGAUUACUUAGUACGAAGUUUCUACUUGAAGAACCUAAAGGUUGGUCUUGAAUGCUCAAAAUUUUCCUCAGGUCUACAGUCACUCAAUAUGCUGUAUUUGAGCAGAAUUCUGUUGAUCAUGUUGUGUUGUAAUGUAAUUGCAAAGCAUGGUUCAACAUAGUUCACAAAAAACUUGGAUCAGUAUCAGUAUCUGGGUAACUGCCCACCUACCCCUCCCCUAACCCAACAACAGUCUAUUGAUAUCAACUUAGGGUCAAUGUUGGGUUAAUGGAGGGGUAGGUGGGCAGUUGCCCAGAUACUGAUAUUGAUAUUGAUCCAAAAACUUAGUUGAUAAAACCAAAUCAUAUUGUAAUGCCUCCCGCUGACACAGCACCACAGUUUCUCAACAAACAUAUCCCCUUUAUUCAUUUGUUGCUUAGAAAAUGACUUACUUAAUUAACUUAACACAAAAGUUGUUCAGAGUCGCUCUAAAGUACAAAUGUACAUUAACUUAUUGUACUUAAAACUUUGUUUCUCUUUUAAUUGUGCACUAAUGUUUAGUAAAGGAGAAGUUUUUCAGUAAUAAUUUUAUUUCUUUUCUGUUAUCAACAGACUAGUGAAACAAGAACAGUCACCCAAUUUCAUUUCCUUACUUGGCCUGAUCUUAAUGUUCCUUCAACACCAAAGCCUCUUCUGGAAUUCAGAAGGUAAACUAUUUUAAAGCAAUGCUAGUUAACUUUGAAACACAAUUCUAAAGAACAGUGGAAUUGUUGAAAGGGUUAAAGCAAGGUUUCAGUCUUCCAUAAAGAUUCCUCUUGAGUUAAAUUUCAGGAGAAAACUGUUGAAGCACUUGACGCUAAUUUUUGUUCAAAGAGUGAUGUUGAUGUUGACUUUGCUUUUGCAGCUUCUGCAAAACUAUCAUACAGUGUGAACUGCAAAGUAGGCAUACAUAGAGAAUGUUUCCUCUCAAACAAGGACAUGAUGAAACAUGAUGAUGAAACUUGACUUAAAAUCAACCAAAUUUCUUCUGCAGGAAAGUGAACAAAUGCUUCAGAGGCCGAGCCUCUCCUGUCAUUGUACACUGCAGUGGAGGAGUUGGAAGGACUGGAACCUACAUACUGAUCGAUAUGGUGCUGAACAAGAUGAUGAGAGGUGAGUGAUACCAGCUUUUGGCACGGUCAUGUAAUUGGUUAAGGAAGGAUUAUUGGGUAUUUGUUUGAUGGUUGCCUGGUGAGUCAAGCCAAUUAAAUAGAAAGUGACAUUUUGACUAAUUAUUUGCACAAAGGCUUACAUAGUCACAGACAAAGUGGAAACUUUCAAUAACAAGUUCUAUAUUGUUUUUUUAACUUCCACAAGUUAUUGGUCUUUUCUUAAAACCAGUGAUGUAUGUUUAGUGAGCUUACAAGGGUGUAUUAAGCUGAAAUAGAUGCCUCUGUUUGCUAAUCUCAGGAGCCAAAGAAAUUGACAUUGCAGCCACAGUAGAGCAUCUCCGUGACCAACGUCCUUCCAUGGUUAAAACUAAGGUAUGUUUUAAAGACUACAGCUUUAUUGUACAACCCUCUCAAUGUCCCCUUUUUCCGAGAGGGUGUCCAAUCCUUAGAUCCUGGUGGAUUGUGUGAGAUUUACAAGUAUGUUGUACAACUUUUUAUCACUUUCAAGGAUAUCUCUCAUAAAAUGAGUGGCAAAUGUAUUUGGCACACUUUCCCUUAGUAAGUGGUUAACAACCCUUCAUUCAACAUUAUUAACAGAAAUCUUGUAAUUCUUCUCACUGACAAGCAAGCUCUACUCGAAAGUACCCAAUGAGUACAAUCCAUUGUCUUUAUCUCAGCAAGAUCUACUUGUGGUGUCAUCUCAACAAUUAAAGUUACCUUAUUUUAUUUGUUGUUUGCAGGCUCAGUUUGAAUUUGCCUUGACAGCUGUUGCAGAAGAGGUGAAUGCAAUCUUGCAAGCUCUUGCCAAGUGAUAAUCAGUGACUGGAAAAAGAAGUAUUAUAUCAAUUUAAUUUAAUAAUUUGGGAAUUUCACUCUGUUGAGUUAGGUCUAAAAAGGCCAGGCAACUACUUUUUGUGAAUUUGGUGGUGAGCUGUUUGUUUUGACCAAAAAAUUUCUUCAGAUCUUUGUUUAUAUGAUUUUUAUGACUGAAAAAAGGUGAAAAGUAUCAUUUUAGUGAUAACAAAUUUUGUUAACCCAGAAAGUACGAAUUUUUUCAUGUUUUGAGGCAGAGCCCUAUUAACUCCUAAAAAGAGUUACUACUGAGAUCUUGGGAGUUAAAGGGUCAAGAAAAAAAGAAAAAUUAAGUUAUUCUUUCCUUUAAGUUUUCAUUUUGAAAAAAUGGGAAGAGCUUUUUGAAUAUGUUUUCAGUCAUCUUUCUGUAUGAAAGUGGAUCUGUUUUGCUCAGGAAAGAUGUAGAAGUGGGAGAGUUUUGUUUUACGUUCUCUCUUAGGUCUUUUCAUUUUAAUAGGAAAGAAUGACUUACGUAUGGUGGAAUUUAUUCCAAUGUAAUUUAGUUCUGGUUGUAGAUAUUCCUUAGUUUGCAAGAUAUUUAUCUGAAAAGGAAGAGAGUGUAUGCCCCGAGGGUUUUAUCGGUGUUUCUCCAAAGUGGAUUAGAAAAGAAUCCAAUGGGGAGAAAACUUUUUCUUUUUGCAGAAGUACUUCUUAAUACGUUCUGCUCACAAUGGACCUCUGUCAACUUUGAAGGAAUGAAUUUAUCUUUGUGUGAUGACACAAAAAAUAUAUAUUGAUUUGUGAAUUAAUUGUUUUGCAUGAUGAUGUGACAUAGAAUUCUUUCUUUGUGGGUAAUUAGAAACCAGAUUUGUGUUGAAGAAUUCUUAAUAACAAUUCGUUUUAACUCAAGAAGGCGAGGCAAUCUACUUUUGGUUGACAUUUCCAUCCUAUUUCUGGAGUGGAUGAAGAUUGAUUGGACCAUCAAAGGGCUUAAUGAAGGUUUUACACAUUUUGAAGAAAUUUAGUUGUUGAUCAAGAAAAUACUCGAUAGUUAGUAUGAAUAGAUUUGAAUUUCUAAUUUACUGGAAAUUUUUAGGUGAUUCUUUCGCCUCAGAGAUAUAAUUUUAUGUCACAAUAUCACAAAGUAAGGGGAGCUGUAUUCAUUUGAGAUGUUUCGGGUGCUUAACCACAGCAGUAAAGUAAUCUUUUUACUGACGUUGAUCGUUAUUUUCCAAUGUUUUCUGUAUUAUAAUUUUUAUUCUUAAAUAACCCAUAGAAAAAUUUGGAAUGGAGAUCUGACAGGAGUCUUAGGGACAUUGAAGUAAUAACCUAAAAAAACUAGAGAAUAGCUAUUAGUUUUAAGGAGAGGGGUUGAGAAAUUCUUCAUGUUUCUUAGACACCUGAGGGAGGGGGGCUCAUUUGUUUGACACUGGAAAACAAUUUUUCUGUGGGUUUUUUUUCUAAGGAAAGUCAAAACAUGCCUUUGGUGUUCUUGUAGAACUCUUCCAAAACUUUUGUUUUGUCAGAAAUGAUGAGUCUUCGAUCUUGCUAAAGUGGUACAUAUAUGGACCAAAAUCUUUAUUCUUAUCUUCGUGAACUUAGCUUCUCUCGUACUCAGAUAAGUGUUGGUGCAAUUUUACAGGAUCACGGAAGAUGUUUUGCCUUUCCAAAAUACAAUCGCAACAUCAGAAAGAGAUAUAUAACCACCAAAGAAUGAUAUAUGCCAAAUAUGAAAAACGUUCUGAAAUUCAAACCGCUUAACCUCGUUUCCCGUAACACUAGAUGUAUAAAAGUUACAAAAGGACGAUAUUAUUUUUAUUUAUAUUUUUUGAGAAUGACUCAGGGAAUUGUUAAUUUGGUAUUCUGCGUAAUGUAAUGUAAUGUUCUUGCUAUGGGACAAAAUUAAGUGGCGUAACAGUUAAAUUUAUAUUGGGAUAUCAUUUAUGCACUGUUCAGCUUACAAAUGUUUCUACACGUCACGUCAGGUAAUAAGUUAGUGAUGGGCAUUUCGAUUAAGUGUCGUUAAAUCAAAAUAAUCAGGACAGCCAAUCAGAAUGUAUGAAUUAUCGCUAGGAGCCAAUGGAAACUCGUAGCUGGUUCAAGCCCGGGAAACGCGGGUGACCAAGUGGCUGUUGGUUUUAGUUUUGACUUUGAUUGGUUGGGAGCAUGGCAUGAUUUUUCUCCUCCAAUCAAAGAACGCGGAGAAGCAAAAUACAACGCAAUCUAAAUGCAGUCGCAUGUUAUUCUUCACAUUCACUACGUUUCCUGACUUAGAUGUAAAACUAUGUUAAAUCAGCAUUCUGAUACCUGUUGUCUAAAAGACGUCCGGGUAAUGAAAAUUACUUUAAAUCCUUAUUGAAAUUGAUGGUUAUGUCCUAAGGGUUCCUCUGUCGGUCCGUUUUCCGCACACGAGUGCGUGAGUUGCACCGACUGCGGUGAAGAUGCAGAGGAAUUUGAAUCUUAAUAAGUUGUGUCUACAUCAAUCUCUCUGGGAACGAUUAAAUAAAAUUGAACUUUACUGAAC